AUGGCCUCCUUCUUCACGGCCGCCCUGAAGAGCUUCCAGGGGGGCAAGGACGAGUCCCCCAAGGGGGCCCCCAAAGAUGACAAGGCAGCUGCGCUGCCCAGCAGCAUGGCCCGCGAGGAGUUUGAGGAGUACCAGCGGCAGCUGCUGGAGGAGAAGAUCGAGCGGGACAAGGCGUUUGCACAGAGGAAGGCAGAACGGGCCACGGUGCGGAUGCACCUGCGGGACAAGUACCACCUGGCCCAGGACGAGCGGGACGAUGCCCAGGUGCACGUGGCCGGAGGGGCGGUGGAGCUGCCGCAGGACCUGGCAGCCAUGGUGCACAGCGAGGAGGAGGAGGAGGAUGGCAGCGCCGGGGCCUUCGCCUUCCUGGCGAAGCUGAGGCAGGUGGAGCUGCCGGCGCUGCGGGACCGCGCUCUGGGCGGCGUGGAUCAGGUUAGGGAGAAGUGCGCCCUGAUGUAGCACCGCUGCAGGGGACAUCGGCAGCCCCUGUCCCCGGGAGCCACGGGAUGCGGAGGCUCUGGGUGCCUUCACUUGGGGUGCGGGUCCCAAUACACGUUAGGCGUGGGUCUUCUUCCCCAAAACCAUUCCCAGUUGUUUUCCCCGGGUGUGCAAGGGUGCCGAAUGC